UUUGCAUUAAUGGAUACAUGCUUUAUUAUUACAUAGAAUUUAUUAAUAUGUUACAGCAAGAGGAAUGUCAAAUAAAGCACCAAAAAGAAUCACCGACAUUCAAUUACUGAAGAUUACAGAACAUCGUAAAAUUUUAGAUUUAUUAGAGCUAUUAGACCAGAGGCAGGAUUGCUGAUUGGAGUUUAACAUAACCUUAAACAUAAAAAGAAAUCAGUAAUCCUAUAAAAUGCUUCGGUUAAACUUUUUUCACAUGUUAUGCAAUACAAGAUAUAUUUUAACAAUAUGCAUCAUGCAUCCAAGGAAGUUAUCAAAGUUGAUUUUUAUUCUCACAUUUAUACUAUUUAUCCAUUUUUUCAUCAAAGUUCAGUAUUCAAAAGGACAACAAGGUCCAAUUUCUUCUAACAGUUAUGAGUUGACUUCAGAGAAAGUGAACAAUCUGGGUUACACCACCUUACAAACAGGACAGAAGCAAAAUAAGUUAAACAUUUUGAAUACAUUUUUAAAAGAAACUGAAUAUAUAAAAAAGGAGCGUGAUACGAAUAUUAAGAUGCCACAUAGUGGUGGUUUCAUAACUUUACCCAUUAAUCUCAUAUCUAUGGAUGUUAUGGACAAUGGCCAGGUUGGAUUGCAACUGGGUUGGUGGAUACUUCAACCAGAAUCAUGGUCUCUGCAAAUCGACUGUAACAGUGACACAACUUGUCACAAGUCCAUAGACUUGAAUGCCACACCAGGAGUCUUAUAUACAGUAUUUCAGUUCAUUGCUUUCCAUCAAACUGCACCAAUUAAAGGAAUUUAUUUCUCCGUUAAAACAUCAAGUGAUGCCAAGACAUGGGAUGAACAUGCUGUAAAUCAUCAUGAAGCAUCAGCAAUGAUAAGAUUUACAGAUGCAUCGAGCCAAGUGCUUCAUCUGAAUUUUCAGCUGAUAACCAGUCAGUUAGUUCAAUCAAAUGUGUCAUAUAUAUUUCCAAUAGGUGGUGCUACAGUUUCAAGUGUAACUGUAAUGCUAGGUGUCAAAGGGUUAGUCGGGAAGGUCAGAUUCAGGGAUAUUGAAAUCAAACCAAUAAUACAGCUACAACAAGAACAUAAUCAUGAUCUGACGCAGUUUCAUUUCAUAACAACAUGUCCAGAUGUUCUAUCACCGCUAAGGAAUGCUUCCACAUUCAUCAAGAAUCAUUUUGUACUCAAUGACAAUGGUUUUGAAACAAUGGAAUCAGUUACUAUGGUAACACAAUUGUCACUUGACAGGUGGAAAAGUUGGACAACAAGGAUUCUACCUGAAUGGAAGGGUCCGGUUUCAGUUGCUCUCUAUGUACCAAAUGAGGAAAAGAACCAAGACAUAAAGCCAGCAAAUAUAGCUGAAACAUUAAAGAAUUUUAAAUAUUGUUGUGCUGUGACAGUGGUUUAUGGAGCUUAUCAACAUGAGAAAUACCCAAUUAAUCAUCUUAGAAAUCUUGCAAUGGAGCAGGUUAGAACGGAAUACAUGUUAUUGGUUGAUGCCGACUUUUAUAUUUCCCCUAACUUUAUUGAGAGCUUCCAACUGAGCAUCAUUAAUGAAAGUAGUCCCAUAAAUGCAUAUGUCAUUCCGGCAUUUGAAUACAGUCAUGGACAAAAUAUGGAACCUUUGGCAAAAUCAAAAAAGGAACUUGUGACAUUGUUGCACCAACCACGAGCAAGUAUACAACCAUUUAGAAGACAUGAAUCUGAAAAAAGUCACAAGUCAACAGAUUACCAAAGAUGGUACACAAGCAGCACUCUCUAUCCCAUAAGAGAUUACCAAAUGGCCUAUGAACCAUAUUUGGUUCUUAAGACUUCUACCAAGAAAGAACUGAAGUAUGACGAACGUUUUGAUGGGUAUGGAAUGAAUAAAAUCAGUUUUAUAAUGGAGCUUAUUGCGGCAGGGUAUAACUUCAAAGUUCUGCCAUACUGUUGGGCAACCCAUCUCCCACAUCAUUCAAGCAGUCAUAGCUUGACAUUUUUGACAGACUUGUCAGAGAAUCUAAGAAACAGAGUUAAACGAUUUGAGUUCAUUUCAGAUCUGACAAAAAGGUAUAAACUGGGUGGAUGUGAAACAUCUUAAACAAUAUGAGUUAACUCUAACAAUUAUCAGCAACAUAUAUAUGUACAUGUACUAUUUACUUCUUGGUGGUGGCAUAAUGAUAUCAUAACUUAAGAAUUAAUCAUUGUUCUCAAGAAUAACCUGUAUCUCUUAAUUUGGUAAAUGUAGGUUACUUACAUUUUGGGCCAGGACACAUCCAGCUUGUAUCUUAACAUUACUUUUCAGUUGCACAUUGUCACAAAGCAUUGAACUUUGUACACAACUAUCUGCCUCAAUGGUAACAUUGUCCCAGAUGUAACAGUUGUCAAGGUGAACAUUUUCUCCUAUAAAAUAUCAAAACAUAACUCAAUGGCUAGCUCAAAACAAACUCUGAAUACAAAAGUGACAGCUACUCAAUGAGUGACACUGAGGAUAUUUAGGAACUAACGAAGGUGGGUGUUAUAUCGCCCUCAAAUCCACAUUGAUUAAGACAGGGGGUAUCUAGAAACUUACCUAUGUGGCAGUUAGACCCUACUACACAUUGAUUUAAACUUGAGUUACUGCCUACAGAACUAUGGGCACCUAUCACAACAUUCUCCUUCAGCUUACACCCCCUGGAAACACACAAGUUUCAUAAAUAUCAUAUAAUGACAAAACAAUACUGUCUGAGUAGAUAUAGUGUAGAAUAGAAUAGUGUGAACACAAACAUUUCUGUUAUGCUUGUAGAUGAUUAACAUUCACAUGUUUGUUAUAAUAUUAUCAUAUGGUUUGUUGAAUGCUUCAUAUUGAAAACUGGUGCUUUAGUUAAGAUAAUUUAUUCAUCUAAUUUGUUUUGUGCUCCAUUUUUACUCUAUGUGCUUUCCUUAGUGGUCAGAUUUAACUCUCAUAAGACAUGGUAGGACUUACCAGGCUAGGGAAACAUUUUUGUGGAGGUAGAUACCAUGCCUUGUGUGAGCAUAACAAUUCUCCCCAGUCACGGCAUUGUCUGGCACAUAUGGGUGGCUCCAUCUAUUCAUUACAUCUUUACUGCAAAAGUAUAAAGUUUGAUUUUAUCAUUUUAAGAUAUAACACCCUUCAACAAUAAAUGUUUAGUUGCAAGGUAAAUAUUCAUUUGAUGUAGAUUGCAGAACUGAAAACCACCAAAAUAGCUAAUUGGUCUAAAAACACUCUUGAAAAGUUUUAAUUAAAUUCAACAUAUUUGCAUUAAACAUACACACAUACAUGUAUGUCAAUAUAUGUCAAUCACAUACAUGUAAGUCAAUCAAAACGUAUAGACACCUAUAUACUGAUUGUGGCACAUCACAUUGAUCUUCCAUUAUGUAUAAAAGAUAUGAUACAUUCUAGGGUUACAUCUAUAUGCUACCCAUGUAUAGCAUGUACAUAGCCCCCCCCCCCCCCCCCCUCUGAAACUGAUAAGAUUCCUCGGUGAAACUUCAAAGAUACUAUUCUUUAUCAGAAAACAACUAUUUAUGAUGCUUAAAAACGCCCAGAUUGCACCAAAUAACGUCUUCACUGACAAAAAUGUUCACGGGGAGUAUGUCGCCGGACAUAAUAUAAUCUCAAAUAUGAUGCAGUUCUGUUCUUUGUAGGCCUAGUCUCUAUGUAAGUUUUGGGUUUCAGAUAUCACGGUUUUAGAUAUCAUGCAAAAACAUAGACUUUUGGAUGUUGGUGGUGUUGUGCCUUUAUAAUAGAUCUCACACUUAGUCGUGUAUCCGUUAAGAAAAAUACCAGGUUUCACCAAACCGUGCACCACAUUUAGAGAUUUAUUUGUAAACUUUCUCUAAAAAUCAAUACUGCAGUUUUGUUGAAUUUUCUCCCCACUCCAUUCAUUUUUCCCAAU